AUGGGUUUGCGCAACCUGGCCACGCGCCUGCGCAUGCACACAGGCGAGCGGCCGUUCCGCUGCAACGCGUGCGGCAAGGUAUUGGUCGACUGGAUCAACCUGGCGGCCCACAUGCGCGCGCACGCGGGAGAGCGGCCCUAUCGCUGCGACGAGGCAUGUGCCCAGCUCUUUACUCUCACUCAAAGGCUUUGGAAUAUAGUUUUAGACCUACCUUCCUGCCUUUCGGAGCGCUGCAAAUUGAACACUGCGCGGUUAGCCAUGUUGAUAGCAAGUGUGUGAAGUGAAUAGCCGAAGCUCAUGUGCGUUUACGAGCGUUUACAUUAUAAUACAAAGUUUUUAGUGAAACAUUAUGGUCACUUGCUGUGUAGCAUUCGGUUGUACGAAUCGAGUGUAUGUUAAAAUCAUGCUUUGCCACUUAGCAUAAUGUCACAAUAGUUUUUUUACAUAAAAAAAUUAAUAAGACAGCAUUGCACAAAUUCAAUCACCCUCAUGAA